CCGACAACAACAACUUGGAGAGCCCCAACUGGCAGUCCUUCCACCCGACCCUGCGCGAGAGGAACGCGCUGAUGUUCAACAACGAGCUCAUGGCUGACGUCCACUUCAUCGUGGGGCCUCCGGGAGCGGCCCGCAGGGUGCCCGCCCACAAGUACGUCUUGGCCGUCGGGAGCUCCGUCUUCUAUGCCAUGUUUUAUGGCGACUUGGCAGAAGUUAAGUCAGAAAUCCACAUCCCCGACGUUGAGCCCGCAGCUUUCCUAAUCUUGUUAAAGUACAUGUACAGUGACGAGAUUGAUCUGGAAGCCGACACGGUGCUGGCCACUCUCUAUGCUGCCAAGAAGUACAUUGUGCCCGCACUAGCUAAAGCCUGUGUCACUUUCCUGGAGACGAGCCUAGAAGCCAAAAAUGCUUGUGUCCUCCUGUCCCAGAGCCGGCUGUUUGAGGAGCCUGAGCUGACCCAGCGAUGCUGGGAGGUCAUCGAUGCUCAGGCGGAGAUGGCUCUGAGGUCUGAAGGCUUCUGUGAGAUUGACUGGCAGACGCUGGAGAUCAUCGUGAUGCGGGAGGCCCUCAACGCCAAGGAGGCCGUGGUCUUCGAGGCCGUCCUGAGUUGGGCGGAGGCAGAGUGCAAGAGGCAGGGUCUGCCAGCCACCCCGCGCAACAAGAGGCACGUCCUGGGGCCCGUCCUCUACCUGGUCCGAAUUCCAACCAUGACCCUGGAGGAGUUCGCCAACGGCGCUGCGCAGUCGGACAUCCUGACGCUGGAGGAGACCCACAGCAUCUUCCUGUGGUACACGGCCGCCAACAAGCCCCUCCUCAACUUCCCCCUGACCAAGAGGAAGGGCCUGGCCCCGCAGCGCUGCCACCGCUUCCAGUCCUCCGCCUACCGCAGCAACCAGUGGCGCUACCGCGGACGCUGCGACAGCAUCCAGUUUGCUGUGGACAGGAGGGUGUUCGUAGCGGGGCUGGGCUUGUACGGCUCCAGCUCGGGGAAGGCCGAGUACAGCGUGAAGAUUGAACUGAAGCGGCUGGGCGUGGUCCUGGCUCAGAACCGGACGAAGUUCGUCUCCGACGGCUCCAGCAGCACCUUCUCCGUCUGGUUUGAACAUCCUGUGCAGGUGGAGCAGGACACCUUCUACACGGCCAGCGCUGUCCUGGACGGCAGCGAGCUCAGCUACUUUGGGCAGGAAGGCAUGACAGAAGUGCAGUGCGGGAAGGUGACCUUCCAGUUCCAGUGCUCCUCGGACAGCACCAAUGGGACAGGGGUGCAGGGCGGGCAGAUCCCGGAGCUCAUCUUCUACGCCUGAGGUGGCGUGGGGGUUCCGGGAGGGGCGCCGGGAAGAGGAAGGGACGUGCAGGAGGCUGUGCUACCCCUUCAUCCCCGCCGACUGCCCCGCUGACCUCAUUAAAGACCUUGCUUAGUUUGCA